AGGACAGCGAUGUCGUGGAAGGCGUCCCUGCUUGUAGGAAUGGUUGUGCUAGGCACUCAUAUAUGGACCAUUGACAAAGGCUUUGUAGACAUUGCUAAGGAUCUAGAUUAUUUCGUCGCAUCUGUGGAGUUUGCUGUGGCUCAGUUCAAUGACAACAAUCAAGAAGAGAACACAUACAGGUUGCUUGAAGUUGGGAGAGCCCAGAAAAAGACAUGGACAAUGAUUUUUUUAAUGGAAUUGGAGAUGGGCCGUACAAUUUGUAAGAAACAUGAUGAAAACAUGGAUAAUUGCCCAUUGCUACAAGGCUCAGGAGAAAAUCAGGUGAACUGUGUUCUCCAAGUAGAUGCCCGACCUUGGUUUUCCCACUUCUCCAUCCUGAAUAGUACCUGUGUGCCAGCAUAA